UUAACUUUGAUUGGCUGCGUGGUCAUGCAAAGAUAGAAUGUACUUAGUAUCAGAUGGUAGGAGUCAAACGAACGAGUUGCGGAUUCAAACAAAUGUGCAGCAAUGCUUGCAGAAGUAGAUCUUAUAGCGAGGAAGUACGUGCAGGAGGUUGGAUUGUUUAGUGGUUCCGACGCGAGCAUUGGACCUGCAGAAAAGAGAGAGGCAACUAUUGAGGUCUCGAGAAUACAUGAUAAUGUGAUAACCAUGACCGCGUGUAAUUCAAGUCCACUGAUUUAAAGCUUUGAGGCCGUCAAGUACUUUACGAAGAGUUGACGAAAGGCUUUUCUUUGUAGUCGGAGAAGUAGCGGCUAACUCGGGAACAGAUUGCAUGCCAUGCCAUAAGCAUUUGGAUAACGAUGGGCGUAGCUACUGCAUGGAGCUCGAAAAGCGAGGCAGAUUGAGUCCUUGAAUGUCGACGACGAAGUUUCAGAUGGAGGAGAGGUGGAUCCCGUUCAGAACUCCACGCAUCAAGUUGAGGAGGUUGGAGGAUAUUCUAAAUGACGAAGCGAGCUUGCUUCGCAGUGAUUGCCAACCAACUGAUUUCGGGUAUGGACGACUGAGCGAUGUGAGCAUCGCAGCUGGACCGAGCCCUUGUGAAGAGGUUGAGGCUCCUCUUGACACCGUCGUGCAUGCGGCUCAGAAGGAAGGACCGAGCCCGUGUCGAGAGGACAAUGCUCCUCUUGACACCGGCGGGGACUUGGCUCAGAAGGGAGGUCCACGGAAUAGAAUCUGGAGGCCUUCCAACAUCAACUGCUCCUCGCCUGAGAAAGUUCAGGAUUCAAGACUCGAGAGAGUUGUGCAUGGGCCUCGAGGUGAUCAACCCACUUCUUCGAACCCAACUCCUAAGGACCACCAUUACACUCACACCGUUGCUUCUCCGAAGGAAUCAUCCACCGAGCUCGGAGGUUUCAGAGAUGUUGAUAAGGUCCAAGAUAUAUGCAACGCUCCCAAGAUAUCCCCUCCUCCAUCGGAGAGCAGAGUGUCCAAGAGGAGAAGACUUCGGAGGCUCUCCGAAAUGGAAAGCAGCAAUGAAGAGAACACGCCGAAAGAGCUGGAAGUAAAACCAGCAAAAGAGAGCGCAUGUGACUUUGAUCUCAACCAGCCUCCACCAUUAACAUGGAAAGCUGCUCCUUAUAAACCCAAGAAGCACUUGUACUCGAGGUACAUAGCUGAACGGAAAGCGUUCGAGGAGUCAGACUCUGAUGAUGCGCGGUCGAUCGACUGUGACGUUGAGAUCGAAACAGUGCUUCAAAGCCUGAGGAAGGAACUAGAUGAGACUGUUGAGCUAGAUGACUCCAUAAGUGAUCUGGUUCGUGCACACCAAGGUCAUAGUUAUGAUUGUACAAAGGCUGGGGCGAGACAUUACACAACUUCCAUCACCAAACCAAGGGAUGGACAAUACCCUCAAACCACCUCCGAAGAACUUGGACAACUUGCACGUCGUGCUCGUUUGACAUAUGAGCUCUGAAAAGAGGCAGAUGGAGCAUUUCGUACUAUGUGAGGACGAAUCCACAAUACUCCAUGCGACUAGAGCAGCUUCUGAGUUUCAUCAAAAAGCGAGAGAGAAUCAGGUUUUAGUUAUUUUACUUCUUUCAAGUAGCCAGUUUUGAGUAAUGGCUACGUUGUUGUUUUGUAUGUACCCAAACGAGGACCGUAUGUGUCGAAAUAAUAUUUGUCUUUCGGCUUUCGGAUUUCAGCUUUGUAGGAAUUUUUCUAGUAAAAUAAAUGUUCCAUUUAGAAGGUGAUAGUGACCUCCUGUUCGGAUCCAGUGCAAUACUGUUGGAUGCAUGCACGUAUUGUGGAUAGAUCAUAUAUAUUCCAUCUUACACGCAACGACUUUGCACAACAUGCACUUGCAUCCUUUUUACAUCAAGACAAUGUUCUGAGCUCUUAACCCUUGGAUUACUAUGAACUGGCUUAUGAAGCAAAUUUUCCUUCAUAAUAUUUUGAUGUCC